GGCGGAAAGCGGAAGUGUGGGAGGGUUUGCGGGGCGGGCUCCGGGAGGAUGGAGCUUUGAGGCAGUCUAGGCGGCUGCCGGCAGCGCCAUGGAGACCGUUCAGCUGAGGAACCCGCCGCGCAGGCAGCUGAAAAAGUUGGAUGAAGAUAGUUUAACUAAGCAGCCAGAAGAAGUGUUUGAUGUCUUAGAGAAGCUUGGAGAAGGGUCUUAUGGUAGUGUGUACAAGGCUAUUCAUAAAGAGACCGGCCAGAUUGUUGCUAUCAAGCAAGUGCCCGUGGAAUCAGACCUGCAGGAGAUAAUCAAAGAAAUCUCUAUAAUGCAGCAGUGUGACAGCCCUCAUGUAGUCAAAUAUUAUGGCAGCUACUUUAAGAACACAGACCUGUGGAUUGUUAUGGAGUACUGUGGAGCUGGUUCUGUAUCUGAUAUCAUUCGGCUCCGAAACAAGACGUUAACAGAAGAUGAAAUAGCUACAAUAUUGCAAUCAACUCUUAAGGGACUAGAAUACCUUCAUUUUAUGAGAAAAAUACACCGGGAUAUCAAGGCAGGAAAUAUUUUGCUAAACACAGAAGGCCAUGCAAAGCUUGCAGAUUUUGGAGUCGCAGGUCAACUUACAGAUACCAUGGCAAAGAGGAAUACAGUGAUAGGAACACCAUUUUGGAUGGCUCCUGAAGUUAUUCAGGAAAUUGGGUACAACUGCGUGGCAGACAUCUGGUCUCUGGGAAUAACUGCCAUAGAAAUGGCUGAAGGAAAGCCUCCAUAUGCUGAUAUCCAUCCAAUGAGGGCAAUAUUCAUGAUUCCUACAAACCCUCCUCCCACAUUCCGUAAGCCAGAGUUAUGGUCGGACAACUUCAUGGAUUUUGUGAAGCAGUGUCUGGUAAAAAGCCCUGAGCAGAGAGCCACAGCCACACAGCUCCUGCAGCACCCAUUUGUCAAGAGUGCCAAAGGAGUAUCAAUAUUGCGAGACUUAAUAAACGAAGCCAUGGAUGUGAAACUGAAGCGCCAGGAAGCCCAGCAGAGGGAAGUGGACCAGGAAGAGGAUGAAAACUCAGAGGAGGAUGAAAUGGAUUCUGGCACAAUGGUUCGGGCCACUGGUGAUGAGAUGGGCACUGUCCGAGUAGCCAGUACAAUGAGCGAUGGAGCCAGUACUAUGAUUGAGCAUGGUGACACAUUGCCGUCACAGCUGGGCACCAUGGUGAUCAACACGGAGGAUGAGGAAGAGGAAGGAACCAUGAAAAGAAGAGAUGAGACCAUGCAGCCUGCAAAACCAUCUUUCCUUGAAUACUUUGAACAAAAAGAAAGGGAAAACCAGAUCAGCAGCUUUGGCAAGAAUGUAUCUGGCUCUCUGAAAAAUUCUUCAGAUUGGAAAAUACCUCAGGAUGGAGACUAUGAGUUUCUUAAGAGUUGGACUGUGGAGGACCUUCAGAAGAGGCUCUUGGCCCUUGACCCUAUGAUGGAACAGGAGAUGGAAGAGAUUCGGCAGAAGUACCGGUCCAAGCGGCAGCCAAUCCUGGAUGCUAUUGAAGCCAAGAAGAGGAGGCAACAGAACUUUUGAGGACACCAGCCCAGGCCUUUCGUGGCUUUGGGGUUGCUAGUGUCACAUCUGCUAGCCAGCACUUCUGCUCUGUCAUUUCACAGCACCUUUGUGACCUCAGGAAUGUGCGCCAGUGGGCAGGGCUACCUUGACAGUCGUGUCACCUGGUGUGUGUAUUUACACCAGCAGGGUGUAUCUUGAAGGGUUUGUAUUGGCGCUUUUAACUCAGAAUUUUAGAUCCCAGGAACAGAGACUCCUAGUUGAGUGACAGCUGGGAAAUUUUUUACAUUCUCUUUUUGUUUUCCUCCUAGUAAUAGUCUUUGGUUACCCUCUCUGGAAGACUUUUUAAAAUAUAUAAAUAUGCAUAUAUAUAUAAAUUAUAAAUAGAUCCCCACUCUGUGUGGUGGUGUCUCUGUACAGGUACAAUUUCCAACACUUUGCCUCUUUCCUGUGAUCUUACGGUACUCUGCAGCCAGAGAGCAGAGGACACGGGGAAGCUCUGGUGGCCACUCAGCCCCGGGAGCCAGCCCCAGCCAUGGCAGGGUGUGUGGAAGAAUUAGUCUUGGGGUGGUUGUGCCACCACAGUGAUGAGCCUCAUGCCCUUAUCACUGGCCUCUGAAGCUGUCGGCGAUGCCAGGGAAAAGCCUGGAGAACUCGAGAAUGUUCUUUGAGUCCCAGGAGAAGCCUGGCACCCUCCUUGCAAACUAGCCUUUGCUGUUUCAAUGCCUUUCAUCUGCCUACGCCCUUCCCGCUGCCUGUGGUCACAUCCAGAUACUGCCCAGUGCCUUAAGAGGAGACACAUCUGGUGAAAGGACAGCCUACGAAGAACCAGCUAGCCAACAGGGCCACGUCCAUCCAGUCCAGAAAAAUCUCACUGUUCUUGUGAAAAAUCACAUGUGGCAUUCUGCUCUGCAUUUCCUGCAUGCAGCACAAAGGGCAUUGCUUUUGUGGCCACGUUCAAACAUGUGAUUGUUUUAGUUUUUUUUUUUUUUUUUUUUCAUUCAUUACGGAGGAUCUGGCAAGGAUAAAUGAACACCAGAACACUCACUCCCAGGAGGCUUAGUUGGACCAAGAAUUGCCAGAGCUGGAAGGGACGUGAGCAGUCAGUGGGUCUGAUCUUGUGUUAUGCAAUUAAAGGAGAGGUGACAUUGCCAAUGUCACCAGUCAAGUUAGACUAAAAGUAGGGAUUGGAACUCAGGGCCUUUCUCCUGGGCCACUGGACCAAGAGCCUCUUCACUGAGGGAACGAAGCUACUGGUGUUCAUCAAGUUUGUCCCAGGGACCCCCUGCUCUUGCCUUGUCUCACCCCUUUGGUACCUGAGUUGCUAUGGAAAGGCUUCUCAGAGGAACCAUGUCAUUCUGUCUCAGCUUAUCAGUAGGCUUCUUGCAGUGUCUCCCAGAGACAAACAAGCACUUGUGGAAGGUUUGAAGCACGCCAGGGGGCUUUGCAGAAGGCAGUUCUCCCACACCUUUGGCUCAAGACUGCAGUCAGAAGAAACUGGAAAGACAGUUGUCCUUGUAUUUUCCCCUAAUUUCUUCCCUCUGAUCCAAGCCAUGAUUGGAUUGCACCCGAGGACACUGAAAUUCAACUCCAUAAUUGCUUUUGCUCCCUAACCUGAGAGUCGAUAAAAAGGCAGGGGAUGUUCCCUUUUGUGACCAGAUUCUGUUCUUUGCAGUUAAAACAAAGAAUAUUCUUUACAUUUAAAAAAAUGUAAGAGGCAGCAGGACCUGGCUGGCAAAGUCACUGUGGCAGAAAGAAUCAGAGGAUAGUUUGCGGAGCCCUUGCUGGAAUGAUAAAUGGCAGCUAGCAUUCCCUGGGUAGCACAUGGCAGACACUGAGCUAGGUGCACUGCAGCUUUCAUAGUAAUCCCAUGGGCUUAUUAAGUUAUUUCUCAUAUGGUAAAAUGAAUUUGAAAGAUUCCUUCCCACGACACUGUGGAUCUGGAUCCAUGGCAUCACUUUGUCACAGGACCAGGAAAGUCCUAACUGCUUAGAGUGAAGUGAGCAUGGCUUCUCGCGAAGACUAAGUCUAAGUCUGUCUCUCUUUUCUUUUCUUUUGUUAAAAACCAGCUGAAUUAAUAGUCUCCCAGUCAAGUAAGCUUUUAAAAGCCCAGAGCAUCUGGCAUGCAUUACGUUUGCUGUGCUACUUACUCUCUCAGCCUUGUAGCUCUUUUCUCUUGAAGAAAAGUGCUCUGAGCUCAGCCAGAUGGAGAAAGCCUACGGCAAGAUUCAAGAACAGGAAAAUAGUUUCUCCUGUGACUAUUCUGCAGCUAUGAUCCUAGAUCUGGAGUCUGUUUGGGUUGCAAGCAUGUCUGUACCACACAGCUGGCAGUCAGGUGCUUGGCAGUCUAGCUGAGCAGCGCCAUUUCCUGGAAAGAUGUAUGUGUUAUCCAGUGACAGGCAAGGUAGCAAACCAUCCUUUCCUUGAGGACCAACUUCAAGGAAUCGUAUCUUGCUUCCCUUGAGCUUGAACAUUUGUGACUCAGGCUUGCAGAGGACAUUGGGCUCUCUGCUUCCAAGAAGCCAUGGCCCACACCUAAAUUUUCCUUUCAACAAACAAAACCUCACACUCUCUAAAAAUAUUGUAGUUGUGCUCCUAUUCAUUCAUUCAAACCACCUUUCAAUUUUUUUUCCUGUAUAUUUUUUCUUAAACUUCAGUUGAUUGGAAGGUAUUUGAGUGGCUGGGAGAGAGAAAGGUUGUUCGGUAAGUAGAGAGAUAGGAGCAGUAAUCUGAACCCUCGGGCCUUUAGUCUUGAGUCUUUGACACUGUACAGUAGCACCCUGUAUGCCAGGAGUUUAUUUUACCAUUUAAAACUCAGUACCCCUGUCUAAUGUCAGGAAUGAGAGAGAUGGCAUCACUAUAGACCGUGCAGACGGUCAGAGACUAAGCAGAAUAUUAUGAACAGCUUCACGCUAACAAAUUCACCGGUGGUAGUGAAAUGGACAGAUGCCCAGAAAAUUACAAAGUAACAAGGCUUACUCCAAGAAGAAAUGGGCAACCCAAACAGCCCCCUUUCUACCCAAACUUAGUGGCUCUGAGAGAUGUGGGUAGCUCUUCAUUUUAAGGACCAGGAAACCGAGGCUCUGGUAAGGUCUGUUUCUCAAAGUCAUGAGAGCAGAGUGUAGCAGGGUCUGGUUCUUCCUCCACUGUCUUUCCCAGCAUACCUUGCUGCCUCUAAAGAUUACAGUUCUUUAUUUGGGGAGAGUGUUCCUGCGCAAACCACACUCCUCGCCCUUUGUAAGCACUGUGUUUGUAUUUUUGUUAGGAUUACCUUCAUCAUCUUUGGAAUCCAUGUUCUUUAAGUCUCUUCCACCAGCCUGCACUCAGACCAACUUGGAGAGAAAAAAAAAUCCUAAAUGCUGUUGCUGAUGUACAAUUUAAAAAUGUGAAGUUUGUAGCUUUAAUCUUUUGUAACAAAAACUAAUAACACUGGCUUAAGUGCUGACUUGAAAUGCUAUUUUGUAAGGUUUGGGUGUAAAUAAUGGAGGUCAGCUGUUUGUAUGUUUGAGACCUAGCUUCUUCCACUGCCAUUUGUUUUUAACUCGAGGUACUUCCUGUGUGCUUUUCUGUUAGAGUUGUUCUCCUUCAUUCUUCCCCCAAUACCCGUCACCUUUGUUUUAAAUAAACUGGUCUUUAGACUGCA